UACAUGGUGUGCAUGGCUGUAUUUUGCUUUCAGACUUGAUUUGAGUUUCGUGUCCGACGUCGAGUGACUCAUCCUGUACUGUACUCUCAGCUUGCUUGUUGUUCACGGAGGAAAGUUUCUCUUCUAAGAUCUAGUUUUGGCGUAGACUAUGGCUUCGGACGUUCCGGUAGCCGAGCCGCUGGAAAAGACGUCAGGUACAGGAGAAGAGGAUGAGCAGGCAAUACAUGUAGCCAGUGUAGUGGCUGUACCCAGUGACACGAUUGAUCAGUUGGCCAGUGGAAUGAUGGGCAUACUCGAACCAGAUAUCCAAAAGUCGAGUGUUCGAGUUCAGGAGCUUCUUCGUGAUCAGGAAUUACUGAUCAACAUGAUACAAGAGGCCCGAGAAAGCUACACUGUUCGUCCUGAACUUCAAGAUAUAGUUGCUGUCUUCAAUGAUGCUCCCAUCUACCGCUCAAAGCUGCAAUCCAUCGGCCGCGAGAUGCAUUCUAUCUGUGAUCGUGUGCGCCGUCUCAAGCAGCGUGCCGUCAAGUUACAAGAGGCCAAGCAGAAGCAAGAGAUUGCAAAUGCUGAUGCCCUGGAGCGGCAAAGGCAGCGUGAGAAACACCUAGAAGCCAAGCCAGCAGGCAUGCCUGGCUCAUGACCCUAGAGUCUAGAGUGACUUGCUUGUUCAAGUCGCUUUCUCAUCUACAACUUUUCGACCACGUUCAUGAAAUACCUCGACGCCGUAAUGCGUCGUGCAUAUAAAAAAAUCUAGAUACCAGCAGCAGAAAAAGAAGAUUGAUAUACUUCAAGUAACAGUUUUGCACGAGUCUUUAAAAAAAACAUAUUUCCAAUAUUGUCUCCUUGAGAGGUACGCGAUCAUGUCACAUCAUACAAGUAAAUUUCCUCCAUCACAACACAAUGCACAAUACAGUGCAGGUACUCGUUGUGAUAAAGGGGUUGUUCAAUUUGAUCCUUUUCUUUGUGCAUUGCUAGGUUGUAACAUGAGUCAAACAUCUUACAGGAACAGAUGUCAUUAUUAUCUUUUCUCUGUUGAUUUUUUGGAAACUUACCUCCAACUUAUGAAUAUGUUAUUCCUAUCACAUUAAUUUUUCAUGUGUGUUGUUUCAUGGCGUUCCUUUUGUGUUUUGUAUGUAUCCUUUUUAACUGGAGGCCAUCAUUUCAGAGUCAAUUUAUUCGGCUUGCCUGACUGCAGCCUUGCUGAGACUUACUGCGUCAAGUAAAGCCACAACUCGAA